AGUACGGAUCUAAUGAAUUUCCCAAUCAUCGUAUCCUCACCUAGUGGGCUUGACCUCUCCUUUCGCGUAGUGAAUUUCUCCAGAACCCCGCGCGAUUCACAGGAGCCGUCCGCAUAGCAGCCGCGUUCGCGAUAACGGAGGAACCGCUACCCUUGUCAGUUGUUCAAUCCUGCUAACAGGUUUUCUGCCUGUUGCCUACAUAUAAUUCUUCCCAUUCGAAGCAGUCGUCGCCAUGGCGGCGUUCGACGCCACCACGGAGGAGGCGCUAUCCUUUUGAGUCCUUCGAUCAGGCUUACUAGAUCUGCUGACAAAACCUGCCGACUGCUUACUGAUUAUCUGACUCUCAGCGAAGCGCGGUCGUCGCCAUGGCUGCGUUCGACGCCAUCACGGAGGAGCCGCCGCCCAGCCGCCACUGGGACGACCCGGAUUUCGAGUCCUUCCCGCCAAAGCACGGCUCCGCCGCUCCGUUCCGCUUCGAAUGGCUGUGGCGUGAGCCCUGUGCAUCAGCGCUGUUGCAGCGCCUCUCACUCUCUCCGCCUCCCAUGACCUCCGACACCAUUGGCAGCAGCACCACUACUGGCAGCAGCACCACUACUGGCAGCAGCAGAGGUGAUAAAGGCGUGGUUGAUGGCGGUGGUGGCGGUAAGGAGGAGAGUGUAUCAGUGAGGCUGCUACUGGUGGCGGCAUCACCUGCCAGCGGCGACCUCAUCGCCCAUGCUAUGGCUUCCCUGCAGGGUAAUGGUGCUAUCACGGUGCCUCUCUCUGACGCACAUGCUGCUGCUGAUGCUGCUGCCCGCGCUGCCGUGGCGGGCAUUGACAAUGAAAAGAAUGCUGCUUUUAGGUUGGCUGCUCGGAUUCACUAUGGAAGCAGCAGCAAUGACAUCAGCAGCAGUGGCAUUGAUGGGAGAAGGUGAGGGACUUGGAAGAGAGAGUCUCGCAAUAGGGGGUUUUCCAAGAGGGCUUUGCAAGGGAGGGUUUUGGAAGUAGGGUUUUGGAAGUCGGGUUUGAAGUAGGGUUUUGGAAGUAGUGGUUUGAAGUAGGCGUUUGGAAGUAGGGGCUUGAAGUAGGGGUUUGGAAGUAGGGGCUUGAAGUAGGCGUUUGGAAGUAGGGGCUUGAAGUAGGGGGUUGGAAGAAGGGUUUCUGGAAGUAAGGGUCUUGAGAGGGUCUGGAAACUUGUUGGGUUUCUGGUAGUGCGGGGGGUGUCGGCUGCUGCAAUUCACCCCUCCAAGUGUGCUCAGUGACGCUCCAAGUAUGCCCAAGGCACGUAGGGCAGAGCUCUAUAUGCAAGAGUACGACACACAGGUCAAGAUUUUGCAGAGUUCUUUUGAGAGUUCCCAAACUUUUGCAGGGUGUUUUUUAUCAUUCUCAAAUACACCCUGCAAAACAAGUAUGACACACAGGUCAAGUUCGAAUGGCUAGUGAGAUCCUUCCUCCUGUCGUACGCGUUGUUGUUCCUUCAUUUGUCAUAGUCCCCCAUUGCUAUCCCCCAGUGACCACCAUGCUGCCAAGUCACUAUCAGAUCACCCUGCCUUGUGUCUUGUUGAUGUAUCUUUCACAUAUGCCACACAUGGCGAUGCUCAUGUGGCACAUGGGCUGUGGCUGUGGGGUAGCGUUCAUGGAUUCGUUCGUGCAUACCAUGUGAUGGGCGCCACGUGAUGCAUGGCAUAUGACAUGUGGUGCAUGGGACAUGGAAA